GCGCGAUGGUGUGCGGGGGUUUCGCCUGCUCCAAGAACUGCCUCUGCGCCCUCAACCUGCUCUACACGCUGGUAAGCCUUCUGCUGAUUGGAAUUGCGGCAUGGGGAAUUGGCUUCGGCCUCAUCUCUAGUUUCAGAGUUGUUGGAGUUGCAAUUGCAGUAGGAAUCUUCCUCUUCCUUAUUGCUUUAGUCGGAUUGAUUGGUGCGGUGAAACAUCAUCAAGUAUUGCUCUUCUUUUACAUGAUUAUUCUUUUGCUAGUCUUUAUUGUCCAGUUUUCAGUCUCCUGUGCCUGUUUGGCACUAAACAAGGAACAGCAGAGUCAACUUCUAGAGGUGGGAUGGAAUAACACUAACAGUGCAAGAACAGAUAUUGAGAGAAAUCUGAAUUGUUGUGGAUUCAGAGUUUUUGAUCUGAAUGAAACCUGCUCCUCUGAUUGUUUUAGAAGUCACCAGUGUCAACCAUGUGCACCGAUAAUAGAAGAAUAUUCUGGAAUGGUGCUGAGAUUUGUUGGAGGCAUAGGACUCUUCUUCAGUUUCACAGAGAUUCUGGGAGUCUGGCUGACAUAUAGAUACAGGAACCAAAAGGAUCCCCGUGCAAACCCUAGUGCAUUUCUUUGAUAAGUUUAUAAAGGACUAAGUCUUCUCUGCACCCUCUACUUCAAAAUACUGAUUCUCCAUAGUUUAGUAAUUUCUCUAUAAUCUGGAUUCUACGUGUACCUGAAAGAAAACUUUAUUUUCGUAAGAAAUGUGUAAUUUUCAUAUUUAAUUUCCCAGUAUUUUUCUUCUAAGAAUCUCUAUCUAGAAGUAGACUGGUGCAUUCAGUAGCUGGGCAGAGUCAGACUGCAGCUCUGAGCUGGUUAAAUAACUGUUAAGACAUUGGUAAUUGAUGUGGUGAACACUAUACAGUGAGUUUUAUAGCACUGCUGGCUUCUCUGGUGUCCAAAAAAGCCCAGAAGUGUUUUCUGCUGUAUUCAUUGAUUACAAAAAUUCACAUGAUUUGUCAUUAAAGUAAUAAAAAUAUAUGGUUGAUGGUUGGACUGUAUGAUUUGAUUAGGCUUUAGGAUGAACUCCAGUCAACUUUUUUGUCUUAAUAAUAGUCUCACACUUUCCUGUUAAGGUAAAAAUAGAAGCUAAAGAUGUUAUUUUC